AUGUUGGAGGUGGACUGCCCCUGUGUGACGCCUGAGGUUGUCUUGAAGGCAUCAGGCCAUGUCGAGAAGUUUACUGACCUCAUGGUUAAAGACGAGAAGACAGGCACAUGCUACCGUGCUGACCACUUGUUGAAAGAUUUUUGCAAGGAGAAGCUUGAGAAAGACCUUGCCUUGCCCCAAGAGAAGGCUGAUGAAUUUAAGCGUAUUCUUGCCAUUUUGGAUGACUUCUCAGCAGAGGAACUUGGUGCAAAGAUUAAGGAAUACGGCAUUGUUGCCCCUGAUACAAAGAAUUCGCUUUCUGAUCCCUACCCGUUCAAUCUUAUGUUUCAGACAUCUAUUGGCCCCACUGGCCUUAGCGUGGGGUAA